UAAACUAAGCCGGCCUUUCUCCGCGGCUGUCUGUCCGGCCCCCGAGACACCUGUCCUCUCUUUCCUCCCAUCCCGUCCCUGCCGCCAGUUAAAUACUAUGGAUAUGGGGGGACGGGAUGAGGCUGUUUUCUUCCCCAUUCCGGCCCAUGCAACUCCUGGAAAAGGUGCGAAGUGGGACCCCGGCCCCUUAGGGUUGCAGAACCAGGAGGGGGGCGGGGGGCUGCGAGAGGCGGGGCAGACGGGCCGGGAGCUCCAGGCCCCCUCCCUCCGCCCCCCUGACGUCAGCCCCCGGACUGCUGCGAGCUAGCUCACUAGGCUCUAGCCCUCCGGCCGGGAAACAUGGAUCUGACCAGGCUGCUCUGCACUCUCUUGUUAACCGCCUGCUGCUGCCGCCACUCGGCCGGAGUGCCUGAUGAGGCGGAGCCCGUCAGAGAAAUACUGGAGUAUAAAGUGGGAGACAACGCCCAUCUUAACUGUGACAGCUCCCUGCCCACUGACAACCUCAGCCAUGUCGACUGGUUCUUUAAAUACAAGGAUCAGCACAUCCGCAUCUUCCAGGUGCGCCGGGGUCAGGGCCAGGCCGAUCCCGGGGAGUACCAGCACCGACUCACCCUUCUGGAUGGGGCCAACCUGUCUCUGUCACAGGUUACCCCCAAAGAUGAGCGCACCUUCAUCUGCCAGGUCAAAGCCCCUGGCACCCACGCCCGGGAGAAGUACACUCAGCUCCACAUUUAUAAAGCCCCCAAGGAGCCCACGAUCCAGGCCAGCGCUUCUGGCAUCUCUGUGAUCAGCCAGGUCCCUCAGGAGGUGGCCACUUGUACUGGGGAGGAUGGAUUCCCAAUCCCUCGCGUCACCUGGUAUAAAAACCGGAAGCCUCUGAAAGAAGAGAAGAACCGGGUCAUAAUUUCAGAGUUACGAACCAAAGAGUCAAGUGGGCUUUACACGGUGAGAAGCACUCUGUGGGCGCAGCUGGAGAAAGAGGAUAAGGAGGCUCUCUUUUACUGUGAGCUCAGCUACCGGCUUCCGGGGGGCGACCACAUGAAAGAAUCCCAGGAGAUCAAUGUCACCGUCUAUUACCCAAUGGAGAAGGUGUGGCUGGAGGUGAUACCGAACCGGCUGCUGAAGGAAGGAGACAGGGUUGAGCUCCGGUGCUUGUCGGAUGGCAACCCUCAGCCACACUUCACCCUCCGAAAGCAGGACCCAACCAGUCUCAGCUGGCUUGAGCUAGAAAAUGUAAGUGAGGGGGUCCUGGUCCUGGAGCAAGCACAGAGGCAUCACAGUGGGCUCUAUGAGUGCCUGGGUCUGGACUUUGAAACCGGAGUCGAGGCAACUGACCAACAGCAACUCUUGGUGAACUAUGUGUCCAACGUCCAGGUGCAACCCAAGGCUCCGGUGAAGUCGGAGGGCAGCAGCCUGAAACUCAACUGUUCUGCAGAGAGCUCCCAGCCGGUGGUAUUCCACUGGAAGCGAGAAAAGACCGAAGAGACAUUGAAGAAUGGAUCUGUACUGCACCUGACCAACUUGACUAGGGAGGCAGGAGGAGGCUACCUCUGUGUGGCAUCUGUACCCAAAGUGCCUGGCUUGAAACAUACACAGCUGGUCAAUGUUACCAUUAAUGGGUCCCCAUGGGUGAUGGCAAAGGAAGAACGCAUAUGGGUGAGAGAGAAUGAAGAGGUGAACCUGACGUGUGAAGUCUCGGGGCAACCCAGGCCCACCAUCUCCUGGAGUGUCAAUGGAACGGUCCAUGAACAUGACAAGGAUUUUCAGACUGUGCUGAGUACUUUGACAGUACAAGUGAUCCCAGACCUGCUAGAGAAGGGGGCUGUGUGCCAAGCAUCCAAUUCCCUGGGAAGCAACAAGACUACCAUCUUUCUGGAGCUGGUCAACUUAACCACCCUCACCAUCCCCACCGAGGACACCAGCAGCAGCCAGAGCACCACCACCAGCAGUCCCUCUGCCAAAGGCAACAGUACCUCCACAGGAGAUCCCGUCAAGAAAGCAGGAACAAAGCAGGAGAGCAAAGGAGUCGUCAUCGUGGCAGUCAUCGUCUGUAUCCUGUUGCUGGCUGUAUUGGGUGCUGUGCUUUAUUUCCUCUAUAAGAAGGGCAAGAUGCCUUGUGGGCGAUCGGGCAAACAGGAAAUCACACUGCCCCUGGCUCGUAAGAACGAAAUUGUAGUUGAAGUUAAGUCAGAUAAGCUCCCAGAAGAGAUGGGCCUUCUGCAGGGAAGCAACGGUGACAAGAGGGCGCCGAGAGAUCAGGAGGUGGAGGGGGUCAUGGAACAGAAGCAAACCUGAUUCAGUCCUUUGGGUACUGUUCACAGGUAUCAGGCUGAGGCUAGGGGGAGAGAAAUAUAUCGAUCUGAGGAACUAGUCCAAAGAAAAUCCUGCCAUGCUUCUUCCUCCCCUCUGUGGGACUGCUUCUGCUCUUUUUUUGCCCCUCCACCAUCAGCACUUGGGAUGACCUUGAAUAGACAGAAAUGGCUCUCCUGUGCCCUGGCUCACCUGCAGAAUCCAUUGUGGAAGUCAAGGGAAUGGAAAGAAGCCAGGCUGCAUCACUUUUGUCAAGUUUACUUGGCCUUGGGAAUGGAGACAUCACCUCCUCUCUGAGGGGCCUGAGUGUAGUUUACACCCCAAGAAGUGGCCUUAGGGUCUCAGGAGAACCCUUGUUUGAUGCAGGGAUGUUGUGGCUCCCCAGCUCUCUCACAACAUUUGUGAAUGUCUUAUAACCAUGUUCUCUCAACAGCUAAAGUGGGUAGUCUCAUUUUUGCUGGCUUCUUGGCUAGCUGGAAAGUUUUUCAGGUAGCCUCAAUAUUUAAUACAGUGGUAUCAAUUGGUGGGAGUCAGUGGGAUCUCUGCCACACUAAGUUGCUCAUACCAGUUCUGGAGGAGGCAGUCUUUGAAAGCCACCAACAAGAGUGUUAUUAAAACUGUCCCCUCCCUACUUUGGGGUUUCUCAUGGCUUCCUACAAAAGGGUAGAUAGGGAUGGAGUGUCCUUCAUUCUCCACUCAGAAAAGUGAAACUACUGAUCUACCAUCAAUAGGAUGUGAGCUUUCAAGUUUUUUGUCAUAAACUGACUGACUUUGGUGAGAGGAGGCAGAACAGUUUCUCUCUGUGAGGCUAACCGGCCCUUGUAGUCAGGGAUGUUAAUUUAACCUAUGGGCUUGUUAGCACCAUAUUAUCAGUUGAGAAGCACACAUCCUAGGAUAUGAACCCAACAAAGGUGAAUGGUACUUGGGAGUUAGAAAUGGGAUCUGGCCAACGGUUGAUUAUAUAUAUAUAUAUAUAUAUAUAUAUACAUAUAUAUAUAUAUAUAUAUAUAUAUAUAUAUAUAUAUAGUGUUCUGUUGGGCUGUGUGUAAAUUACAAGUUUGUUGCAGGAUUUAUAUAGAGAGAUGUGAAAAAUAAAGUUUACUAUCCCCAGA